AUGGAGACACCUGCAGUUCCGAUUCCACAAGAGCCCCGGGAGCGGGCCAUCAUGGACCGUCUAUCUACGAUCAGGGACCAGCUUCUCCUCAUGAAGCGUGACCGAACGACUUACAUUCGGAGCCAGGAUGUCAUUCCGCUCUACGAUCAGACCAUCGAGCAGGUCAAGGAACUGAACAUGAUUCGGGAAGAGACGGGCAACAAGGAGGAGACCAGAGUCGACAGAGUUAUGGAGAGCUGCUUCCAGCUCCUGUCCCUAUUCUACCUGACCAUAGGUCGAAACAACGAGGCUCCCGCCGUGUACGCUCUCACAUCAACCAUCCGACGCCUCCUCGACCACCUCACAGAGGUUGAGCUCUACUCGGCUAAGGACCUCGACAGCAUGAGCGCCACGCUCCAGAGUCUCUCCAAGACCAUCAGCCAGGCUAGGAUGGGCGACGGCUCCGAGGCCCACCAUUCCCCCUACCUUCCCGAGCUGGUGACCAAGCGCGUCCAGCGUUGUCAGCAGGUCACUGAGACACUCCAGAAGAGGCUCGAAAGGUUUGGUGACUGCCUACUCGAUACGUAUGAGAAGUUGAUUUCGAUACUGCGCUCGAUAUCGCUAGCCAACACAAAGGCCAACUGGCGUGGUGCUAACAUCAAGCGAUUUGGUAUCCAGUUUUCCGUAUCCGAAGUAGAGAAGCUCCGCAAGCAGCUCCUCGAUCUGGGGGAGAAACGAAUAGAUGGAAAGUUUUGCAACAAAGACGGCUCGAUGCCCCCUGGCUCCGAGGAGGUGUCAGAGCUGUACGAGCGUUGUCUUCAAUGGUCGGACAUGGUUCUCGAGAGGAAGGGACAAGCCCCGGACAACUGGAAACAGGCCUACAACACACUUGUCGGCAUUCGCAACGAACUUGAGAAGCUAUCGCUGACGCAGGCCUGGUCCCUCCGCGAGACAGACCUGUACGACUACCAACGCCAGCUUGACAAGAUUGACGAGAGCCGGCAAGGUGGCAAUUUUUACGACGAAAAGGGCCGGCCGGCUGAUCUCUGGACCCAGAGGACCAUGCUCUACCUCAUCCGCCGGAGCUACGCGUACAUUUACCAGCUCAUGAUCUCAUCAGAGCCCGUGUCGGAAGCUCUCCUGCCCGUGUACAAUCAACUGCGGACGCUGAAGCGAUGCCUGCGCGAGGUCAAGGAUAAUGGCGGUGUCUCGUCGGUGCGCGAGCUUUAUCCUUACAGCAUGAAGCUUAACUCGCUGGAUAACAUGAGGGUUGACGGGAAAUUUGUCGUAAAUGGCGACAUACCAGAGGGCCAAGGAAGCGUGAGCGAGUUGUUGGCAGAGUGCUUUGAGUUGAACUAUGAGCUACAGUUGGCAGCAGUGGCGAGUUCCGAGGCUGAGAAGUGA